AUGCACCUCGAUGACGACGCUUUGGAGCGAGCCCAAAGGAACGCCGACCACGCGGAGGCGCGCCGUCUGUUGACGACGACCGGUAUACGCGGUGCUGACUCUUUGAUUAGUGUGUCCAAGUAUUGGUGCGCGAUAGAUGCGCUUCAGCUGGACGUGUCUGUGGAUGCAUGGCGUGAUGCAUGGUGCAGUGCCGCCUUGACGAAGCAAGCCGCCGCCGUGCUCGAGGAAGCAGUGGUCUCUCGUGAAGAUGCCAUGUAUAUCUUGAUGCAGUAUAUUCGCCCCAUUUUUCGCGCACAGAACAAGGCCGUAUGGGAGGACGAGGCGCCGAGUUGGACGAGUACACACGCCGUGCAGGGACACAUGCCCUUGGGAUGCCAUAAUGUGCUUGCCUGGCUUAUGACGCGUCUGGGGCCUGUGUGGGAUGAGGCAUGGCCUUUGGUACUACCGCCUAUUAUGACAUGGCUAGACUCGUCGAUGCCUCAGGCCAAAAUCUACGGCGCAUGCACGGCAUACCUGCUCGUGCGGUAUGCGCCGCGCACGCUGCUCACCCAGGCAGGGCUAGAUCGCCUCCUUGGAACGUCUCUCACACGCAUGCUGUCUUUCAUGACCGAUGCACAGGAUGGUCCCAUGAUCUUCAGUGCCGCCCUUCAGGCGCGUCUGGCGAUUAUCGCGCGCCGGCCUGUUGACGACCAGUUUGAUGGGCAGUGCACGCUCUUCUCCGAGAGUGUAUUGACAGCACUAUCUUACUGCGCGCCAGCUUCAUCAUCGACGUAUGCGGCUCGCCCCUCGGACCCCUCACGCACCGCCACCCUGAGCAGCCCCCGACUGCAGCAGGUCCUGGCGUACACGGCAUGUACAUGGGCAGCCUCUUUGUUCCGUCGUAUGGGUGAUCCAUGCCUACGUUUUUGGAAUGCAUGGAUGGACUGGACCUGUGCAUGGCUCCAAAAUGCCCUGAGCGCUUCGCCACGGCCUAGGCGGCCCGUGACGGAGAUGGUCGACGAGCUGGUCGAACAUGGCCACCUGGAGCGGUCGUCGCCCAGGAUGCCUGAUCAAGAGGCCAUGCUUGAGCUUCUACGGAGCUUGCAUGCAUGCACGGAGGCCACACGCGCCCUCGUCGAUUUGGCGAAAGAGGCACGUGUGGACCAUACCCCUUUACCGCAGCGUCCGCCUGGCCUCUCAGCAUGGUCAGCACGUCUUUUGACCGCAAGCUGCCAAUGUAUUAUACGUCUUGAGGAUCUCUCCUUGGACGAAGCCCUCAGCACGCCGCUCCUGACCUCCUUGCGCGCGCUAUGUGAUACCCUCUUGGAGGUGGAGCCUGCGUUGGGCGCAUCGCUGGUGGCCUUGGCACCCACACGACUCGGUGGGCUCACUCAAAAAAUGCCACGUGAUAUUCAGGCCUCGUAG